AUGCCCACUAUCGUUCAUUGUUCGACAUUGCAUCUGCAGUCACUGCCACAACUGUUGCCCCGGACGAAAUGGAAUGCGAACAGUCUCGUCGAGGAGACUGGUGGCUCCCACCAGAACGUGUCAUUCGACAUAUUCAGCACUGCUCCCUCGUCACUUGCCACUUUCAACUUCUUACUCGCUAAUCCUCACUCUUUUGCUCGGAAAUCGACACUUUACAUUCUUCACUUCUCACCCUCCAACAGUCACUCGUCAACCUCCACUCUCCACUCUUCACUCCUCACUCUUUACUUCUUCGAGCCAAUCAAGCCUCUGAAAUGCCCUCUUUGCGCUUUUCCCGGUUCGAGGGGGGCGGAACAAGAUGUGGCAGCUGAUGAGAAGAAAAAACGAGUCAGCAACAGCCGCAAUCCGGCGCUGGAGACAAGCGUUCAAUCUGCCCAAUACCGCCUCCCGAUGACGCGGUGCCCGGUCGUGUGCAGCCGAUCGCAGGACCUAACGCACCAAUUGGCGAUCGCGGUCCGCACCGCCGCCAAACACCGCAUUUUACGCACAUCUUCCGGGCCUGGUCGAGCUGACGCCCGUGGCCGGACGGUGUUUGCGACAUUUUGA